AUGGUCACGGUCGGUGCCACUCGUGUACUUUGUGGUAUCAAGGUAUGCCUGUGUUUCCCUUCCCCCUCUCCCUUCGAUUUCCGUCUCAUUCAUACUUCAUACAGUUUUAUGACAUCCUGGAAUUACCUUCUGCCUGCGUUGAAUAUGUUUGCCUUUUCCACCCUUUGCCAUCUUGAAAAUUCCAAGCACUUACCUUCAUGCAAGUCAUUUUUUUCGAUUGAAGGUCAAGGUAAUGCCUACGCUAGAAGUGGAGAGCCCCUUCAUAUGUUCAGUUGAACAGACUAACCUCUCCCAGCGCACUCUGCGAGCUAACGUUCCGGUCGGCAGAGAUAUUCAAACUCUGUCCAUCCAAUUAGACUGGAUCCUGCGUACUUGUGCCAUACCCGACGCCAAGGAGCAACUCCUAAUAUAUUUUGCCGCUACUGAUGGUGAUCCCGGCCUCAAAGAAUUGGUUUGCGGCAUGUAUCUUCUGCAUGUUGACGUGCUCAUACUUCAUGACGAUGGCUGUCUUCUUGACGCCUGCCUCGCAGCCGCUCUUGCUGCCCUUUCUUGCGCCAAAUGGCCUAGAGUGGAAGGGGAAACCGGGGCCAAUGUCGGUUUUGUCGCCCAGACGGUGACCACCUCCAAAAUAAACUUCCGAGAAGUGAAUGCGCCAGAAUCACUGGUUCGAUUGCAUAUUUCUGAUUGGCCAGUAGCUCUGACCUUCUGUUUGGUUCCCCGACCUCCCCUCCCUAAUGAAGAAGUAAAGGGGAGGCAAAAACUACCUCUCAUCUCACAGCCUUCGCGCCAGGAACUACUGCUUUGGGACACAGAUGCCACCAUUUUCCACAUUGUUUUGAACUCUGAUGGCGUCAUUGUCGAUUUCGCCAUGGUAGGUGGCCUUUCCUCGUGCCUUUGGGCGCAUUUGGAAGAAGCAGGAAUCUGUCACAAUCGAGCCGUCUUGCCUGACCUCCUGGCUCGUGCAACGAAGGAGUGCGACGCAAUUAGGAAACAACUUAUGUGAAUCUGGGGCUGUGAUUCCCCAUGCACAUAUCUGUAAAUAUAUUUUCUAAAGAAGACGAAGUCCUUUUCUGAGUUUGCCUUUAUAUGCUCGGUCUACAUUACUGGCAGGGUAAAGAACACAACCUCCGUUUGACGUCAAGGUAAUCGGGUCUCCGCCGGUGCUUUUUCAGCGCACGCUUGACUAAAUUGACAGAAAGAAGUUUAAUCUACUAGCUUCAGUGGCUUCAGCACGUUUCUUCUCCUAGUUUGCCUCAAUUCACUCAUCUGGGCGAGGUGUUAGUUCCCUGCGUUUACCGACCGGGCUGAUUAGCUCUGCCCGCAUUUAUUUCUAUCAUUGGCCAGAUGAGCUUAGAGUUGGCAUUUCUAGCUUACAUUAAAGCGCAUACUAGCCACCACCAAACUGCGGCCCAGCAAGAUCUGAGGUUUGAACCCGGGUCUGGUUGGCUAUUGGACCGGGUUUUCUACCGAUUCAGUGACGGUCACACAAUGCUGGCUUUGACCGGAAGUAUUGAUAUUAGUGUAAGUCACGUUCGCUAAUCUGACCUGUGAGGGCACUCGUUUUUGGUUCAAAUCCCCCUCAUACAGUGGCGUAGCGAUGGGCGUCCGCGGUCGCAGCUGAAGUGGAGUGGGCCUUUGGCUGUAUUGAUAGGUCGCCGUGCCUGAUAGACAACUUAUCCCAGUCUCGGAUCUGCGUCGGCUCCGGAGUAUGGCUGACUGACGGUGACAAGUAAACCUCAAAUGACUGGUGUAACCUCACCUUUCUUUGCUAGUAGUAUAGGUUCAUUGAGCCAUGACGUUUUGGCUCGAUUAUGUGGCUGUCACACUUACCUAAAAUGUCAAUCAAAAAUAAGGUACGCUGAUGUUUUCUGCAAAGUUAACACAACGGUUGAGACGUGUAAAGAUGAGCGUUCUACAGAAGAAAGAUCAGGUGUUUACAUGGUCUUGGUGAAAGUGUUAUAUUAGUAAUGAUGCACAGCAAAAAUGAUCUUACCGCGCCGCAAAUGUUCGCAGUAAACUAACAACAUUGCUAGUUUUUAGAAAACGGCCGCAUACCCCUACAUGCUCGCUUCACAGAUUGCUGGAUCUUCUAACCCUAUUUCUGGCAUUUGCGCGUUGGCACCAGUUCGUCAUCCAGUUAAGAUGAAGACCGUUGACUGAGGGCUUCCUCAACGCCCGUGUUCUACCGUCCUUGUUUGCGUUUUUAGAAUCUUCCCAGCAGCCCUUCUAGCAGUGUUGUUUCCUCACGAAGUUCGCAUUGUUGUUGUAAAUUCCUGUACUUCUGUCUCAUUCUCCGGUUCGCACUGACUAGAGACGGCUCCGGCUGUUAUUUGAUCCAACGGGGGAGACUUCGUUACUAGUGUCAAAUCUCGGCGUCGGCAAGACCAAGUAACUGGACAAACCGAAAUCAACCCGGAACCAGUAAGUGAAGGCGAAAUUAUCGAUGGGUACCAAAGCCAUAGCAACGUAUGUACAGGUCAAUGGUGAAUCAAGAUAGAUUCCCUGCUCCCUUUCCACUGCUCUCGCGCCCUCGAACUACCGUUCCCGCACAGUCUGCCGAUUUCGACUCGUGGACAUCCUCACAAGGUGUCCUACUGUAGUGAGCUCUUGCGGCUGACUGGAUGCUAAGACCGUGAGUCACACGUGGGCUGUGCAAACACGUCGUUGGACUGACGACAGGCUUUCUUUACCGUUGUCUUCCUAACUUCGGAAUUGUGUCAGUCAAUCUGUCCAUUUAGCUGAUUGGUGGAUUUGGUAAACGAAGUAACUUUGGGGUAUGUAUAUGGUCUGGUUAUUUUUUUCCGGCCUGUGCUCCGAGUGGGCAGCUGAUUCGAUUAGCUAAAGCCUAGUGCCGUUGUUUACUGAUUAUCGUUACACGACCUCCAAUGGUGGCUCUAGAGAGCAGCUGCAAGGUAAACUAGAACGCCUGUAUUCGAUCCUGCCGCCAAGGCAGUUCGCUGAGUGCUACUUAUACGUGACUUUGCUGUUCACCUCAUCCCCACAUAUGCUUCUACCUUCUUGUACUAUAACAUUUCAUAAGCAGUUUUCGCCUCCAAUCCUGCAUUCGCUGUCAUUGUUUCUGCUUCCUCUAGUUGGUAUUUUCUCUUCAGGGGCUUCCAAAGGCAUUUGCACCAUGUCACUGAAACUGCACUCAAUAGUCAGAGGAAAGGUACAUUACCCCUUCUGUCUUACGUCUGUUUUUUAUCCCUCACACUGGCCUUGUCCAUGCGUGCGUUCCAUUUACAGUAUGCAGUUCCCUAAUGCGCUUGCUAAGACUGAGUACUAGUUAGUACGCUUUGUUUAAACAUUAACGGCAAACUGUUGUCUACCCUUUCGCUUCCCUUCCCAAGGUUGUUUCUAUCAAAGACUUCGGCGCAUUCGUUAGCAUUGAGGGCUCGACCAAGCAGGGCCUCGUCCAUCGUAGCCAGAUAUCAAACCACCGGGUAGACGAUGCCUCAGAAGUAUUAGAGGUCGGAGAGAUGGUGUUCUGCAAAAUUAUCAGCAAAGAGGUUAGUUUAUUCCCUCAACCACGCCCAAAUAGUUGUUCAAACAUUCUGCCCUACUAGGAUGACAAAAUCGGACUCAGCAUGAAGUUUGUCAACCAGACAUCUGGCGAGGACAAGGACCCAAACAACGUUUUGGCAACGUGAGUACUUACCAAAUGCCAUGACCUUCCCCAGUUUCGCGUUUUUCAAACUGUAUUUCAGCAAGAGGGUUGAUGAUAUCUGCGAUUUUCCUCUUUUCAGACAGCUAGCAAAGAGGAGACAAGGUCAUACCCGGGAUCAAAACCCAAUUCGCCUAGAAGCCGAACUCAACACGGUGUGCUCUCGGUGCAAGGGCAAAGGUCGGCAUAUAUGCUUUUGUGAUUCUGUUCCCCUGCUGUAUCUGAGAUCUCCAUUCGAAGCAUAAUUAUCCUCGCAUUUUUGUGGACAUCCAGUCCUCAUCUGGAAACCUUAACCAUUUGCAGUACCCCCAUAACCGUCGUUUGGGUGCGACUCUUUGCAUUUCAGGUUGGUUUGCGCCAACGCAUUCAUAAAACAUCGUAGGUUUAUUGUGGCGUUAUUGCUGUUGCCGCCAUUACUUUCGCUGACAAGGGCACCAUCGUCGGUGGUGAUCAAAGUCUAUUUUGGCGUCGGGCAGUUGGGACUAAUCUACAAGUUUGAUUACGGUCAAUGGUGAGCCCGUGUCUGUGGUAAUGGACGCAUCCCGCACCUGCUCAGUGGACAGUUCUAGCCAAUGUUCCCAAAUAUUGCAUGAUUCACCAUAGGCACAAGUUUCGUUCCGAACUGUAAGAAAUUUGUCCCCAAAGAUUUACUCCAAGUUAGCUCAUUAAUUUCUGAAGAUGUUAGGAAGCUGAAAUGUAUCCAACGUUGUGUAGCCACAGACGCCACGCGGGUGAGCUGUCUGACGUGACCUGUUUUUUGUUGGAUGGAGUUCUGUAGAUUUAAUUAAUUGCGUCUAUGACAACGAGGGUUGAAAAUGGGCUUCUUUUGGCGAUUUCCCAGCGGCCGACAGUGCGCUUUCGUGUACUGACAAGGGGCGAGCCGUGGGUGUUACCAAUUACAGUGCGUUAAAUGGGUGAACGAAAUUGCUAAGUUAGGUCCCAGAUGUCCAUUGUCUUUAAGACGUUGGAGGUCCCUUCAUGCACGUUCCAGCUCAGGUCCGGGCUGUGAUGGAUGUGAAUUCAUCCUUCAGGUACAGGUUUGUGCAUUGGCUGACACAACCAAGUAGUCUGCCACGUGUACCUGUAACCAGCAUUAGAAUGCUUAUUGAAAUAUCGAGUCCAGAUAAUGCAAUGAAAUCGGACUUCCUUUGUCCAAUUACUUUCCUCUGUCCAGUUAUUGGCAGAGUUGUCAGCAAUAUAAAAACUAAUUUCAAUCUGCGUUAAUAAAGAAUUCGCAUCUUUCUGUCACACUCCUAACUAGGAGUAGAAGUUUAGAUAUCGUACGGGAUGUUUGACUACUCUAGCAAGUAUGCUCUUAAAAAUGACUAACCAGAGAUUUUGCUCAGUCUUAGUGGGGACCACCUUCAGAGUCAGAUAUAAGAAUGUAUCGGUUAUUCGCGCAGUUUGGAGGAACGCCCUUAAGUCGACGGCGAAGGAUUCGGCGUUAAAAGUUUCCUGUAACCGACUUUUAGAGGUUUGAGCAUUUUGCUGACAGCAGCUUUCUUUAGAGACCCAGAAAAUUUAGAACCGCCCGCUAAUGUCAGACUUGACAAUUCCGUCUAAAUACAUGCAUGCCAUGUGCAGUUUCACCAUAAUUCCGCAUUUGGAUUAAAAAGGAAACCGAGCGACCAAAUUGUCCAUGUGACAAAUGAGAACGAAAUGCCCACAUUCAAUGCGUCCAUGUUUGUCAGGCGGAUAAGCAUAUAGCACUACAGUUCCUUUUGUGAAAAAUCUUUACUCAUUACGCUCAGAUUCCAAACUGUAGCAACGAAACCGGUACACUUUUUUUCUUGAAAUCGUGACGGAAUUUAAGAGACCAUUUCCUCUCCUCGUGGAAGGACCCUGGGCAUCUGACAGCUAGCGGAAAAGUUUACACUACUUAAGUGGCAACUUUUAAUCGAGUGUAGUUUUUGCAGGCGUCUGAAAAGAAGUGUUUUCAUAAGCUGGCACCCUGACUCCAAAAGGUCAACUUUUCAUCCCCAAUUUUCCCUUCGUAGGCCACAUGGCAAACACGUGUUUCGCACGUCUCAACGAGCCGGUCCUCAAUCUCUUGUCUGAUUCGGACUCUUCAUCAGAUAAAGCCCCUGUGAGUGCUCUGACACCCAGAGAGAGGCGGGAUUCCCACCAGAAUAAGCCCAAGGUAUGUCCCACUGGCGUAGCCGUCCGCCCUACAGGCUGUUUCAUGCUUAACUGUGUGCAGCUUACAAUAAAUAAACAUAUUCCCACUAGGGGCUUUAUAGUUUACUUUCAGAUUAUAUGAAAUUCUCUCAUCCGACCGCCAACCGAACAGAAGGAGGAUGUUACCCUCUCAUUUGAUCUGGUCUCGCCUGACUUAGGACAGGAGACCCGACCCAAACAACGACCAGCAACACUAGAAUGACAAUUUAUUACCUGCUAUCUAUCAUCAACCAUUGAGACCCCCAUUUCAGUUGCUGAAGUGUGCGGGUUCCUGGUUAUAGGUCGGGAAUGCCCAGGCAAAAUCGAAAUGUCUAUUUCCACCCCGAGAUCGCGAUGAAAGCCACUCUCGUGUUGCGAUCCAAGUUUUUUCCGGACUAAGCAGUUUCUAUCGUUCAGAAAUGCCAUUAUUUCAACCUGAGAUCCUUCGCCCCCUGGAAAGCAACUAGUUGGUUUUUUGACCUUUUAUUGCGCCUCGGAACCGCAUCAAGCCUUCAAUUGCCCUCCACCUAAUUGACGCAGCGUUCUCCGGUUGUACCGCCCUACCUAUUAUGUAUCGUGACCUCAAUGGCUGCCAUCUUCACACUACCGCGAGCACUAUUGGCUGAUGGUGGAAUUCACCUCUUUGAAAACUAGCCAGGACAAUUGCUGAUGGAAUUUCGUCAUGGUCUACUGACUUAGUUGAAAAGCGCCAAGUCCUUUUGCUUUGUCUCCCUUUCAGUCAGUCUUUCGGUGUUUUUAGCAUCACAAACACAAGCAUCGGCACAGAAAUCGCAGCCUCUCCGUCGAAAAGGAAAAGGAAAAGAAGAAGAAGAAGCGAAAGGUCCGUCUUCUAAAAUAUUGUUCUGAUUCCUACCAGAGUGAGCCUCCGUAAACACAUCCUAAAAACUCGCCCGACCUAGUCGCUUCCGAUAAUUGAGUCGAAGGUUGCUCAUGAGGCGCUGUGCCAGCGCCUGCCAUUUGCAAGCAAAAUUCCCUCCUCUUAAUUAGUGCUUUUUUCAUCCAUUCCCUGUCUUCCACCCUCGCCCUGGCACGGGUUUUAGGCUUUCCAUUCGCGCUGGCCGUGCUGGUCUCGCACAUGUCGUUCUAAACUGUGAACUAUUUCAGUGCUCACAUGUUGAGAUAUUUGCACCCAUUGGUGGAGUUUGUCAGGAGAAAGGGAUAGGGUUAUUUUGUACUUUUUGGUUUUCACAGGGUAGACUUGCUCUUCUCGGAGGAUGGGUUGCCCGUUGGGCUUAGCUGCUGGCUACUCGGUGCGUCCACAGGUGGUGGAUAGUGGAACGGCAUUCAGUGAAGGUUAGGUGCGAAAUAAGCAGAACCAGGUCUGACGAAUAAGCAGUCGCGGACAUGCAGCGACAGUGCUACCAGGGUGCAGAGGGCUGAGAUCUGGCACGCUGAUAAUUAAGCGACAAUUAUUGUUAAAAGUCAAUUCCCCGAGUUAGACGCAUCUGCACUCCGAAAGUCCGGAUGCAUUUCCUUUUUACUUACACAUCGUCCUGACGCAAAAUUGUUUGUGUUGGAUGGAUAAUUCAACGGUAGAUCAUUUUUCGGUCUUUCUAGUACUCAGAAUCAACCCAGUCAUGGGGGUAAUUCCUUCUUGGAACACUCACCUACUUAUCUUUCUUUAUUCUCUCGAAAAGUCAUUUUUAUGCCCUCGUGCUUAUUCCUAAUCUGCAUUUAUUUUUAGCGUGACAGUUCGUCGAAAUCUCACAAGACGAGUCACAAAAAAUCCAGGGACUCGUAG